UACAAGCAGGGUGAAAAUUAGGAUCUUAUUUCUUUAUUUGAACCAGAAGGGAGAGCUGUAUUGUGAAAGAUUUACCAUCAAGUUUCCAAGAAGGCACCUGUUGGGGAGAAGAGUUGCACUUUUCUCUCAGAGUCAUUGCUACCUGGGUCACACUGACGAGCAGCAAUGGGCUUCGUUUUGUGGGGGUUCUUGACUGAUUUCUUCACCUACGAGACCACCAAAUCCGUGGUGGUAAAGAGCUGGUCUGUGGGUAUCAUCAACCGUAUUGUACAGCUGCUCAUCAUCACCUAUUUUGUCGGCUGGGUCUUCAUCCAUGAGAAAGCUUAUCAGUCAAGCGACACCAACAUUGAGUCCUCCGUGAUGACCAAAGUCAAAGGCUUUGGUUAUCUACAAAACCAAAACCAAAAUGAGAACUAUCAGAAUCGUGUGAUGGACGUGGCUGAUUACGUGUCGCCCCCUCAGGGUUCAGGCGUGUUCUGCAUCAUCACCAAACUCAUCGUCACUGAAAAUCAGUUCCAAGGACGAUGUACAGAGACUGAGAAGAAAUGUUCUUCCGAUGAAGACUGCCAGAAGCAUGUUGGCAGCAACCUUUACAACGGUGUAAUAACAGGUGCUUGCCUUAAAAACUCCAAUGAGUCCCAUGGCAUGUGUGAGAUGGAAGGAUGGUGUCCAGCUGAAAAUGAUGCCAUCAAAAUUGAACCAAUGGAUGUGAACACCUUCACUAUUUUCAUCAAAAACAGUAUUCGUUUCCCUCUUUUUAAUGUCACCAGAGGGAACUUUCCACCCACAAUGACAGCCAAUGAAAUCAAGAAAUGUAAAUACCAUCCAGAGGACAACCCCCUUUGCCCCAUCUUUCGUGUGGGGGAUGUGCUGAACUACACCGGUCAGAAUAUAACCGAACUGUUAAGCAAGGGUGGAGAAAUAGGAAUAAACAUUCAGUGGGAAUGUAACCUGGACUUAAACAUUGAAAAAUGUAUUCCCAAGUACUCCUUCACACGACUCGAUGCUCCAUUUGCCAAGAAUGCUGUGUCCAAAGGAUACAACUUCAGAUAUGCAAAAUAUUUCAAAACAGAGAAUGGGACUGAAUUUCGGACUCUUCAUAAGGCUUUUGCGAUCCGUUUUGAUGUCAUGGUCACUGGCAAAGCAGGAAAGUUUAACACAAUCCCAACUAUGAUCAACUUGGUAGCUGCCUUUACCUCGAUUGGACUGGGCGCGGUUCUCUGUGACAUCAUCUUACUAAACUUCUUGAAAGGGGCAGAGCAGUACAAAGCCAAAAAGUUUGAAGAGGUGUCAGAGGCUCAGAUAGAAGCUUCCAUAGCUCAGAGUCCAGGGAGCCAGCUGUCACUCAAAUGCAUGAAGAGCUCCUGUGACUCUGGAGCACUUUCUCUCAACACCUAUGACCAACCUCUCUAACCGACAGCAGCAAUGUGAAGACAUGGGCUCCCCUUCCUCUUUUCCUUUCCACCUUAUUAUAAGAGGUAUUCAGCUUUAGAUCGGCAAGUAUAUAGAACAGGGUAAAGGAGGACGAUGUUGUUGCCAUCUCCAUAAGAAGUAAGGGCUUGUAGCUCACAACAAUAACUGUCAAACUAGAGCCUCUUUGUAAUAGUAAUAAAAUCCAUUUUUAUUCCAAACAUUUUGAUUUAGCAACAUGUUAACUAUGAUAAUCGUCAAACUCAUGUUUGUCAGCUGAAAGAUGGAGCCGAUUAAAUCCUCCUGACUCAAGCCAAAUAGGAAAAAAUAUGUCUAAUACUGAAACACU